UUUAAAUGCGCUCUAUGUGGUAAAGCCUUCCCCUAUAUCACUGUUCUCCUAUGGCAUAAAAGAACACACACUGGAGAGAAGCCUUACAAAUGUAAUCAAUGUGGUAAAGCCUUUGCAAAAAGCAGUCAGCUCAUACGGCAUAAAAGAACACAUACUGGAGAGAAAUCUUAUGAAUGUAACCAGUGUGGUAAAGCCUUUGCACAAAACAGUACUCUCUUAAGCCAUAAAAGAACACACACUGGAGAGAAACCUUAUGAAUGUAAUGAGUGUGGUAAAGCCUUUGCACAAAACAGUACUCUCUUAAGCCAUAAAAGAACACACACUGGAGAGAAACCUUAUGAAUGUAAUGAGUGUGGUAAAGCCUUUGCACAAAACAGUACUCUCUUAAGCCAUAAAAGAACACACACUGGAGAGAAGCCUUACAAAUGUAAUCAAUGUGGUAAAGCCUUUGCAAAAAGCAGUCAGCUCAUACGGCAUAAAAGAACACAUACUGGAGAGAAAUCUUAUGAAUGUAACCAGUGUGGUAAAGCCUUUGCACAAAACAGUGCUCUCAUAAGCCAUAAAAGAACACACACUGGAGAGAAACCUUAUGAAUGUAAUGAGUGUGGUAAAGCCUUUGCAAAAACCAGUCAUCUCAUAAACCAUAAAAGAACACACAGUGGAGAGAAACCUUAUGAAUGUAAUGAGUGUGGCAAAGCCUUUGCAGAAAACAGUACUCUCUUAAGCCAUAAAAGAACACACACUGGAGAGAAACCUUAUGAAUGUAAUGAGUGUGGUAAAGCCUUUGCACAAAACAGUGCUCUCUUAAGC